AUGGUGUGGUGGUUAUCAGUCCUCGCGGUAGCAGCUGUGGUCGCUGUUGUCGUGUGGCUCGUCGCCCUGGCCAGGUCAGACGGAGACUUGCUGCUCAUGUUCAAAGCCAAAUAUGGCAAGCAGCCAGACAGUCUAGCAGGAAAGGUUGUGUGGAUCACUGGGGCAUCAGGGGGGAUUGGGGAAUACAUCGCUUACUGUUUGGCCGAGGCUGGGGCCAGGCUGGUUCUGUCCGCUCGCAGAACUGAGGAACUGGAGAAGGUCAAGCAGAAAUGUCUAGAGCGAGGGAAAGACAAGAUUACAGAGAGCGAUAUUUUGGUUUUACCGUUGGAUGUUGUCGCAUUCGAUACCCAUAAGGCAGCAGUGCAGAAAGUUCUGGACACAUUCAAUAAGAUCGAUAUCCUCAUUAACAACGCUGGGCGGAGUCAGAGGUCACCAUGGAUGGAGGUGGAGCUGGAUGUGGAUCGUGAACUGUUUGAGCUGAAUGUUCUGGGACCUGUGUCUCUGACACAGCAGGUGUUGCCUCACAUGAUAGACAGGAAGCAGGGACAGAUUGUGGUCAUCAGUAGCUUGGUGGGCAAGAUUGGUUCGCCCUAUGUCAGAUCUUACACCGGCUCCAAACACGCCGUGCACGGUUACUUUGAAAGUCUGCGUACUGAGAUGGGAGAGAAGAACAUAGAUGUGACCAUCGUCUGUCCUGGCCCUGUGGUUUCAAACAUUUCUAACGCAGCUGUUGCUGGCACCAAGGAGGGAAGGCUGGAGCAUGGUGCUACUUCCCACAAACACAUGGCCACGCAACGGUGCGCUUACCUCACGUGUGUGACCAUCGCCAACAAACUGUAUGAGACCUGGAUGUCUGAACACCCUAUGUUGGCUGCUGCCUAUAUCAGCCAGUACUGUCCGGAUCUUCUCAGAUG